UCAGCAUUCCUUCAUAACUUCUUCAUUUCUAUUUUUCUUUCUGCUAAUGGCAUCAAAUACUUGGGGUUUCCUUUCAUUUUUCAUGGUUCUCGUUGUAACCUCAGCCUAUCCAAUCAAAACCAAGCAAUAUAAACCAUGCAAACACUUGGUUCUUUACUUCCAUGACAUUAUUUACAAUGGGAUGAACAAAGAGAAUGCUACAUCCGCCAUUGUUGCAGCACCACAAGGAGCUAACUUGACCAUCUUGGCAAGUCAGUUCCAUUUUGGGAACAUAGCGGUAUUCGAUGAUCCCAUUACCUUGGAUAAUAACCUUCAUUCAAAGCCUGUUGGUAGGGCUCAAGGCAUGUAUCUUUAUGAUACCAAAAACACUUACACUGCUUGGUUAGGGUUUUCAUUUGUUUUCAACAGCACUGAUUAUUACCAAGGUACCAUUAAUUUCAUUGGAGCUGAUCCAUUGAUGAAUAAGACUAGAGAUAUCUCUAUUGUUGGUGGCACUGGUGACUUUUUCAUGCAUAGGGGUGUUGCAACUUUGAUGACUGAUUCCUUUGAAGGUGAAGUGUAUUUCAGGCUCAAAGUUGAUAUCAAGUUCUAUGAAUGCUGGUGAAAAAGGAAAAUUCAAAGGGGGGGGAGGGGGCAAGGAUGGGGAGAAUAAGUGAAUUGGAACUGAGUGUGAUUGUGUUUGUAAACUCAGUCCUGCAUAAAAUCUUUGCCUCUUAAAUAUCUAUUAUGAAUGGAAAAUACUGUCUCAUGCACUAAAUUACACUCCACACUCUCAAUAUUUCAAAAUUUCUUUUCUAAAAUUAAAGUGUACGGUUUAUAAAGAUUAAUCUUUUCAAGGUUUGUGAUUAUCCUCCCAAUAAUAUAAUUUUCAAAAUUUUAACUUAA